GGCUGGAAGACCAAGCAGAGCCGGGCUGGCGGGUGGGGAGCAGGCGGCCAGGCUCCCUGCAGGGCCCCGGUGGCAGGGCGGGGGCGGGGGGGCGGGCCUUGUGUGGUGGCUUCUGCCCCGGCCUCCUCCUCCUUCCUCCUUCCUCCUCCUCCUCCUCCUCCGCUUGGAGCACCUGCUCUCCUGCCUGCUGGCAGGCCGAAGUUCAGCUGCAGAGCCUGCAGGACGCGGAGCCUCAUGGACGGGCCGGUGGGAGCCUCUCCGCCCCCCCGGGGUCAGCCGGAGAAGGGGAUCCUGCUUCGGCAGCUGGAGGCCCUCAGCGUCUUCCAGUGGGUGCUGACCUUCCUCUUCUUCGGCCUCUUCUUCACCCUGCUCCUAAUUUACCUGCUCUUCACCUCCUUCUGGUCGCUGAGCGUGCUCUACUUCGCCUGGUGGAUGGUGGACUUGGAGACCCCGAUGCACGGAGGACGUCGCAGCCAGUGGAUGAGGAGCUGGAAGGUCUGGGAGCUGCACAGGGACUAUUUCCCCAUCCAGCUGGUGAAGACGGCCGAACUGCCCCCCACCCGGAACUACGUGCUGGGCUCCCACCCCCACGGCAUCAUCUGCGCCGGAGCCUUUUCCGCCUUCUGCACGGAGGCCUGUGGCUUCUCCCGGACCUUUCCCGGCCUGACCUCCAGCCUGGCCCUCCUGGCCGGUCUCUUCUACGUGCCCGUCUAUCGCGAGUACAUGAUGAGCUCAGGGAUGGUGCCCGUCAGCAAGAGGUCUCUGGACUUCCUGCUCCGAGCGGGGCCUGGACGGGCGGUGGUCAUUGUGGUGGGCGGGGCCAUGGAGUCCCUGGACUGCAAUCCCGGCGAGCAACGGGUGCAUCUCUCCGGCCGGCGAGGCUUCGUGCGGCUGGCGCUGGAGCACGGGGCUGACCUGGUCCCCGUCUUCUCCUUUGGAGAGAACGACAUUUUCCGGCAGGUGCAGUUCCCCAGGGGAAGCCGCCUCCACCGUCUCCAGCUUUGGUUCAAGCAGCUGGCCGGCUUCGCUCCCUGCCUUUUCGUGGGGCGCGGCCUCUUUUUCAGCCGCUGCUGGGGGCUCCUGCCCCAGCCCUCCCCCAUCACGGUUGUAGGUGAGCCUGGGAUCUUCUCCUACCCCACCCCCUCCCCCGGGCGGGCCGGAAAAGGGGGAGGCUCCCUAGAGUCGGCCGGGGGUGUCAUCGGGCUCCUCCAGAGUGGGAGCUGCUGCCGGCGGCGGCCGCCCCGGCGCUUUGAACGCAGCCGGUGCCCGGCAUCUGCCGGCGGGGAGAGAAGCAUCUGCCUGGCCGGGCCUCCCACGCUCUCCUCGGGUGCCCUCUCCUGCCCCCGACACUGA